AUGCCACAACCACCUCCAAAUGCAUAUAAAGCAGGUACUCGAUUAACAGUAGGAUCACAUAAAGUUUCUAUUAUCAAAUAUAUCUCCGAAGGUGGAUUUGCUCAUGUAUAUACUUGCACAAUUGAUCCACCUUUUCAAGGAUCGACUGUUGCCUGUUUGAAAAGAGUAGUGGUACCAAGCAAGUGGCAGUUGAGUUUAUUGAGACAAGAAGUAGAUGCCAUGAGAAGAUUAAGAGGUAAUAAACACAUUGUAUCAUACAUUGAUUCUCAUGCUUCCCGUUUAGGUGAUUCCAAUACAUCAGGUACCAAUCAUAGUCAACAACAACAGUAUGAAGUAUUUUUAUUAAUGGAAUAUUGUGAGAAUAAUGGUUUGAUAGAUUUUAUGAACACUAGGUUGGUCAAUAAAUUGACUGAAAAGGAGAUUAUAGAUAUAAUGUAUCAGGUGACUAUAGGUGUGGCCAUGUGUCAUCAUUUACGUCCACCUUUGAUUCAUAGAGACAUUAAAAUUGAAAAUGUUUUAAUUGAUGGGAAAGGGGUUUUCAAACUAUGUGAUUUUGGCUCGUCGGUAAAUUAUUUACCACCACCAAGAAACCCUCAAGAACUACAAUUAAUGAAGGAUGAUUUAAUGCAACAUACAACUCCACAAUAUCGUGCACCGGAAAUGAUAGACUUGAGUAAAGGUUUCCCCAUAGAUGACAAACUGGAUAUUUGGGCGUUGGGGAUAUUCUUAUACAAAUUAUGUUAUUACACGACCCCCUUUGAACGACCUAAUCAAAGCUCGUUACAGGAGUUAGAACAUACAAUAUUGAACUGUUCAGAAACUUUGCGUUUUAGUGACCAACCGGGUCUGAUCUUUUCACCACGAUUGAAAAAUGCUAUUAAAGUUUGUCUUCGAGCAGAUCCCAGAAGAAGACCCAACGCCGUGCAAUUGUUGGGUGAGAUUGCGGCAAUGAAAGGUGAAAAGACCAUUCCUAAUGUGGUUCCAUACAGCGUAAUAGAACAACAGAGAACUAAACAAGCACUGGCUUUAGAAGAAGACACCAAAAAGGGCCAAGCAUCGUUUGUUGAGACAAAAAAAAUCACCUCUAAACCAAAGACAGAUCCGUUUGCAAAUAUUGAUAAAUCGAAAUUUUUAAACAAAUCAGGCUAUAAAUUAUCCCUGGUAACUGCGGAGUCAAGGACUGUGCCAGCAAGACCUUUGAGUGCAUUCUUUGACGACGGCAAUACACCAAGAAUAUAUUCUCAGGGAAAUAGAUCAACACCUUCGGUUCAAGAUUAUGUGAAAGAAGAGUUAGCUAAGGGAGAAAGUUAUGAAUUUAAUGAACCCGAUGGAACUUUAGAGUUUUUAAAAUCUAGAGAAGAAGAAAAACUAAAUCAAAGAAAUGACACCGGUGGAAGUUUCAAAGCAGCUUUCAAAAAUGGAUUGAGAAAAAUAAGUACUGGUGGAAAUAUAAGUGCCAAUAACACGGGUAGCUCGGUUAAAAGUAAUCGCAGAGCAAGUCUCAAGCGUAUUAUUACAGGAGGAAGCAAUCAUAAUAGAAAACAUUCUGAAGAGAAUACUAAAAAUGUGGAAGAUAGUAAUCCUGUUUCUUCUGCCCCUAAGAAACUAUCAAUUCAACAUAGGAUGCAACAACUUUUGAAUCAAAAUGAUCAUCAACGCGUACAAAAAUCAGCACAGGGAUAUGGGAAGUAUACAGACAUAAAGGCAUCUGAGGAUAUUGAUGAAAUAAAUAAACCAACACUUUCCAAACACUCUCAGAAGAAAUUGUCACCACCAGCUGUACCAGUGAACCUAUCGUCACAGAGAAAUAAAUCACAACAACUGCUGAGUACGACUAAAAAAUAUCCUAUCAAAGAUUCUAAACCUUUGAGUAAAGUGAGAAAUAACCCUCCCAAGGAUUCUGUAAAGACAAAACCUCCUCCGCCAAAACCUAAAAAACCAGUGUAUUUGAAGUCGCCAACUAAAUUAGAAAUUGCAGACCAAAGAAGAUUAAGCGAUGCUAGUGAGAUCUCGAUGCCUGAUUUGGAUGAUUUAGAGAAACAGUUUUCAAAGAGAUUUCCUAGUUAUGUGUAG